UCGCCUUCUUUCUUUUUCUCACACAUACACACCCUUAUUUGGCCUCAAACCUUGACCAUCCAGAGAAUUAAGAAACAAGCUCACAAGUCGUCAAAGUCUCAUGUCUUCAUCAUGGUCAGGUCUAUUAACAGUCUGUUAACGGAGACUUUAUUCACCUGAUGACAGGAGUUCAGGUAAGAGCUCAGGUCACUUACAAAUGGCCGUUUGUUAAAAAUUGUUACUAUCACUAAAGAACCAAUUCUGUCUUUCAAUAUGGAGAAAGUUAAUCACGCCUUCAUUACAUCACAACUGGACUAUUGCAGCUCCCCUCAAUUAGGCCUUCCCCAGUCUUCAUUAACUCACCUGCAGAUGGUCCAAAAUGCAGCUGCAAGGAUGUUGAUUGAAACCAAAAAGUGCAAGCAUAUCACCCCAGUCCACGCCUCUGUUCAUGGGCUUCCCGUCCUUUUUAGAAUUCAGCUUAAGACUUUGUUGUUUGCUCUCAAGACUCUUAAUGGUCGGACCCUGUCUUAAAUUACAGACCUUUUUCACUGGCACCCAGGCCCGUCCCAUGGUCACAACUAAAACUGAAAGGUUGGAUCAUUUUGAUGGCCUCAUUCCAUUUGACUUUAAGACUGAGCCUGCUGAAUCUAACUCCAAAUACCUGGUAAACCUCCUGUCCUUGGAGCUCACCUACUUCUGCAGCGGCUUGCUGUUUGCUGCAGUGGUGAGGAGGCGGGUCUGGGACUAUGCCCUCACUGUCACUCUUCUGCAUAUUCUUAUCACCAGCUUAGUUAUGUUGGAGUUUCCUAUGGUGUGGCAGUGGUGGCUGGCUUUAGGUAGCGGCUUGUUUCUGAUGAUCUGCAAUGGUCAACUAAUAGCUUACUUCACCUGUCAGAGUGAGCAGAGUUACCCCUCUUUCAGCAGCUACUGAUCUCCAUCUGUGUCUAUUUAUCUAUCUAUCUAUCUGGAUAGAUGAAACUUUUUGUGCCUGGAGUUGCUCUUACAUUCUCUGAGGUGAAGGGUUUUAUCUGUUUUUGUUAUUUAAAACGACUUUGACAGAAAAUGAAAUGUGUUCUCUCGCCGUCAAGCAUAAAAGUCGGGGCCGCCUUGUGGAAAAAGAUUUGCAAAAAGUGCGACCAUCAUCCUGUUUGGAAUAUAAAUGCCGCACAAAGACUCUUUUUCCCUGUUUCAGGCGGCGGUGCACUUUGCCUCUGUCACUAUGCAGAACUUAAAGGCCGCCUGUGACACUUCACAUUUGUAUGCCCAGAGAGGCUAUGGUAACUCGGCUGUGAAUGUAAUGUAAUAAGCUCAGAUGUAAUCUUGGGAAGUUGCAAUACAUGUGUCUGUUAUGUUUACGGUGCAAUUGUAAAUUGUAAAUCAAAUAAACCACUUUGUUUUCCAU